AUGACGUAUCACAUUUGGGUUUAUCGAAAUGAAAAUAACGAGGUAUCGUUUGUCGAAGAUGAACUUAAUGGUAAAUUUACGAUUGUGGCCGAUGAAGACAUCCGGUUACGCAGUGAGAUCACUGAUGAGGGCGUCAAUUCAGGUUCCACAUUAGAUGCAUGGAGCCUUCCUUUAGCCGAAGUGGUUGAUCGAAUAGACUACGACGGACCUCGUUCUGGAUUUAAAUAUGGUGUUAUAUUCUUAGAAAUCACACUUCUAAAAGAUUACGAAUCAUACACAGUCGAAAUAUAUAUAACAGUAAGAACUGGUGAACUAAAGUGGCAGGUCCUGGACAUAAAUGACAACCCCCCAAUAUUCCCAAGAAAUAAACGGAACAUAACACUGGGAGGAUUAUCAACUGGGUUAAUUAUCCACUUCCCGAGAGCAGUGGAUAAAGACUCGGGGGUGAAUGCACAGACAUGGUAUGAAGUGGUGGGGGAUAGUCAGUUCUCCCUCACAAAUAACAAAUCAUCCCCCACUCUUGUAUGCCACUCCUCCCUCACUCCCCUCUCCCCCAUUAACCUGCGAGUCAUUGCCUUUGACCAACUCGACAUACACUACUGGUCAUUCAUGGACAUUGCCAUCACAUUCAACUCCUCCCACAACACUCCCAUUCAGUUCUACGACGUCAUCCUCAAAAAAGUCCCGGUAAGCGGAAAACAUUUGAUCACAAUCCAACCCACGGACGAGGAGAUCGCAAAAUACGGAAUGCCAACGUAUUCGCAUACAACCAUCAACGGAAUAUAUUCUUUGACGGAUAGUGGAGAGAUUACACCGGUCGGCACAUAUAAAGUGUUGAAUGAUGUAUUUGAUGUGGAUGUGAACUACACCAACAACAGAGUGGGAGUGUAUACAAUCCAAGUGGAUACGAUUAAAGAGAAGAAUGUCACAUUGAAAUGGGCGAAUGCUGUGAUUUUUCCUGUGUUAGAUGUGAGAAAGGAGACAACUGUAAUAGACCGAUUGAGUUGCAACGUUGCUCAAAAUGAAAAUUCUUGUGUUAUGUCCUGCAGCAUUUACUCCAUUGAAUUCACAGUUUUGCAAAUCUCUAAUUCAAAUAAGAAAUUUUUCAAAAACUCUUCUGUUAAAUCACAGUCUCUUUGGACCACUACGAACGCCACACUUAUUAAAGCAGGGGAAGAUUGUGUUUUAUUUCACAUCCAUCUAAGCUGUGCUAAUCCAUUAAUAGCAUCUAAAAAAGAAUUUUUGUAUUCCAAAUCUCUAAUUCAAAUAAGCAAUUUUUCAAAAACUCUUCUGUUAAAUCACAGUCUCUUUGGACCACUACGUGAACAAAAACCCGACAACCUCAACCGACUAGGGCCUUUCUUCAACUUGGCGGUUUUUUACUGUGAAGUGAAGGAGAUGCCUCACAAGACAAUAGAAAUGGCGGAACAGUCCGUGGCGACACCAAAGGAGUACUCCACAACAAACACUCUAUUUUCAUUGCCAAACUCAUCCUGGACAAUAUAUCCGUUGGCCCCCAUUCUUAUAUUCACUCAAUAUUCCACAAGCUGA